GCUGUAAAAUUGCGACGCAGAUGCUCACUGAUUUUUACACUCUCUUCAGGAAGAAAGAAGAUACCACCACCCGUGCACACCUACGCUCAUCAGAUGAAGAAUAGGCGUGCUAUAUGGUCUGCUCUAACCUUAACCAAUAGAUGCUAGUUCUCCAAGAACAUGAGAGGUCGACCCACUGGGUCGUUACCUCUAGUGACAAAGAGUCUUGGAAGUAUAAAGCUGCUUUUGCUUGCUUCUAUUAAAACAAAGUACUGACUAUUAUAAGUAGAGCUUCAUCCAAGUAGUAAGAAAAUGGCGCGUCUGGGUUCUUCGUCCGUAAUCCAGCGCAAGCUGGGACACUGCUGCAUCUGUUUCCGAUUGUCCUACGGCAUGGGACUACUCGCAGUCUUUUUCUUCCUCCUUGGCGUCUACAAUUUCCUUUCACUCUUCCUGGACGAUCCAAGGCUGCAAUGGAACGGAGCCUACUACAAACCUCUGUCAAAACUGGAGUUAUGAUGAGCGGCGUAGUCUGCUAUGAGCAAUGUAGUCUGUAACUGUAAACUGGAAUUAUGAGCAUUGUAUUGUAAGUACUCUGCCACAUCAAGCUUGAGCCAACAUUGAAGUCUGCUACAAGCUUGCACUGAACCAACAUCAAGAAGAUGCUGAGUGAUGAGUUCUUGAGUAUCUUAUUGUGGUAGUGGAGGUGCUCUGAAGUGGUGUCUGACAUCAUGCUAGUGCGGCUGUAGUGACUUUAGACGCGUGUUGUAAGUAGUUGUCAAAGAUUUUUUUCCGAGUACAAGUAGCGUACAUCUAGGACAACUCUCCCUAAGCCUACAUUGAGUUUGUAGAUCAUUUAUAACUCUAUCCUUGAUCGAUCUAAUUUUCCCGCUCGUCGGAACCGGGUUUAUCGGCGCUGCAUUGCUGGGAUUUGUCGGAGUUUUGGAUGAGCGAGCAUCCUUUGUGCAAGUGUUUCUCUACUACAUGCAGUUGCAUCUUGCGGCUUACUGCCUAGUGUUUUUGAUGGACGUCUGGACCUUGGGCGCCGAUUGCAAAACAGCGCAUGCCGGGAAGACAACAGCUGCGCGGAACCUUUCGCUGGAUAUCUUGCGGACUCGGGGAACAUGCGACGACGCCUUGACCGCUUUCGGAGUUGGCUCUCUCGUCUCGCUGAGCAUUCGGGUAAGAUGUAUUUUAGAUUUUUCAAGGAGGUUUUUUGUGGUUCUCUGUUGCCGUCACGUGGAGAGCGGUGGACCGCGACAGCGGAUUUGGAAUGAGGGGCGUGACCUGGGUGGCCGUGGGUCGCAUCUACGGCCUUGGGGGCCCUGUGGCAUCUUUCUGCAGAGGUGUGGCACAGCUUGCGCACGCGUGCCCGCUCCGGGUUUGUGAUGCCUGGCCGGGGCUCUUUGCCUUGGGGCCAGCAUGAAGCACCGCGCGGGGGUGCCGUUCGGAGGGCCGCAGCUGCGGCGGCAUGCAAGGCCUUCCCGCGGGAAGCUUUCGCCGUGUUAUUCUACACCGAUUGCGCGAAGGCUUGGGCCCAAAGUAAAGCAGGCCUCCCCUCGAGUCGCUCGCCGGACGAGCUGGGCCCGGAAGCAGAACGCCUGCCAAGCUGCCGGGGUUUGGGGGAAGCUUUUCCCAGGGUCUAAACAGUUGCCAGCCGUGGCAUUGGAGUGCUUUGAAGGUGUGGAGCCAGAUGCAUGGGAGGCAAAGCGAAAGCAGCGAGGGCGGUGGCCUUUGCAAAUUUGCAGAAGUAGCGAGUGGCCGAGUGAAGCGCCGCAUAGACUGCGACGGAGUCCCGGGCCGUGAGUCCAUUACUUCUCCAGGCACAUCCUAACCGAGUGGCGUGCUGAUUUACACUCGACAUAUUAGGGUGAAGAAGGCCGACCCCCCGCAUAAAGAAAAAAAGGCGGAGCGUGAUGCGGAGCGGGUCAACUUCCGGGCGAGCGUCCUGGCUGCAUAAUGGAAGCGGAGAGAUGACGAGCACGCACGGAAGAAAAUCUAGAAGAUGGGAGGCGGGUGUAUGGGCCUUAACUCGCAUGCCGGAUAUUUCAAAUUCACGCGUUGUGAUCAAAGCGACAACUUUACGGGCAAUUCCGAGCACGAGUCUAGCCCUGGGAGAGCGGCCGGCGGCGGAUUUGCAAGCUGUCGCGGAUGUUCGGGGCUUUUGAGUUUAUGGCUUUCUGGUUGGCAGCCAUACCAUAGCGCUGCGCGUGUCGUAGGCGGUGGAGCAGCCAGCGAAAGGCGUCGGGCCAGCGUUUUCGGAGGUGGCGCGAAGCGGGGAAGUCUGUCAGUGGAAGGGAAAAAGUGGAGGGGGUGGCGGCGUGGUGCCGCUGUGCGGUGCCUCCGCAGUGUUGCCGCUUGCUUUCAGCUGCGGGAGUCUCGCUCUCGUUUUUGGUUUAGUUUCUUUGCGUUGUUGCUUUCUCUUGUUUCUUUGCUUGUUUGUGUCGCGCGUUUCCGCCCCCUUUCUGGUUUUAUUGGUUCCUCGUGCUUGCCUUGUGUCUGUUGGCGUCUGUUCGAGUCGGCUGACACUGAAGGGCGGCAAACUUACGUUGUUUCAAGGGAGUAACCAGGCAAGCAAAAUGAAAUAGGCGGCUUAGCUCACUGCUGUCCCCCUUUCAUCUUCCAAUGGGUUACUCGCUUGGGCCAGUUUUUCACACAAUAAACUAGUCAACUUCUUACCCCACUGAUCGCAAUCUCUCUCCUUUUCAACAGCUGUAUUGGCUCUACACGUUGCGAAAGUAUUGGCAGAAGCUGAGCACCAAGAUACCGCACCUGAUUGCUUUUGAGGCGAAUUACGUAGAGGGCAUAGAAAUCGACAUCGACGAGAAUCCGGGCGAUUUCCUACAGUCGAGUCAGCAAAUGACCAGCUAUGAGGCCAACAUUCUAGGGGAUAUGCAAAGAAUGGAAUCAGAGUGGGCUGCGAAAGCUCUCAAAGAAUAUGGCACCAUAAAAAGUGAAAAGUACGGACCGAAUGGGUGAAUCCUUACAGUCUACAUGAUUUGAUAUGGAUGAUAGGCUCCGUACAACGAACUUUAAUUUCUAUGAUAUCAUGGCACACGACAGCGACUAGUGAUAUGAUAGAAUGGAUAUUCGAAACUAUUCGAUGCAAAUGUUCUGUAUGUUUAGAUUUCCAUCGUGUAUAAUUACGUGAUUCACUUGAUGACUCGUGCUUCCUACUUGAUACUCCUUAAGUUGAUCUGAUUAUGCGCUCCUGUGAGCAGUCCACUUUUCUCAUUUCACAGUCAUUCCAUUUGAACAGUCAAUUCAGAUUUUCAUGCACAGAUUGUGAUGCAAGAUAGAGAUAUGUGCGUAGCACUCAAUAAAAGGAUCAGCAGCAAGCUUGGGUUUUUUGUGAAUGGCAAUACUCCACUGAACUUUACUUGUCCGAACUCAUUUUUCUGUGAUAUACUUGUUCCCUAUCGAUUCUCAAG